AUGGCGGAAUUGCGUCUCUUUACAGCUCGGCCGUUGUCCAAACAAUCUAGAAAUGACCACCGAGACGCAUUCCGUGUCUAUCUUUCGUCAUCGUCACUAGCUUCCCUAAAGCUCCGAGCCGGGGAUAUCUGCACAUUGGGGCCACCUGGGGGGAAUUCCAAAACAGCUAUAGCCUGGAAUGCAACCGAAAAUAUCCAGAAUACGGUGGUCCAAACUUCGAGAACACUUCAAGAUUGCUAUGACAUUAAGCUUGGAGAGAAGGUCUCAAUUAGCAAGAGCGACAACGCCCUGGAGGAAAUUGAGUCUAUUUAUUUCGCCGAAUGCUCGGAUGCGGACAAAACCUCGAAUUAUGGCCCCCUUGCCAAUUCAGAGAGAUGCUAUUGGGCUUGGGCAUUGGAAUUUCCUCUAUCAAGAUGUGAUGCUCUUGCGGUCGGCCUAACCUUCGAACUAGAACUCAAAGGCCAGCGACGAAGCUUUCGGGUGUCAGAUAUACAGGCUCCUAACAGGCUCACGCAUAGCACGUUGUUCAAGUUCACCAAAGACACUGCUAUCCUAGUUGGUGAAGAGAAAGAGGCGAAGACAGAUCGAAUCUGGAAUCUGCAAGUACGGCCAUCCGGUCUUGGUGGAAUGGCUCAUCAGAUUGGGAGCAUCAAUGAGGCACUUGCAGACUUCAAUUCAGGCCCAGAAAAGCUAGCUAUGCCGUCUUUCUAUGAGCACGUCCAAGGGAUCCUUCUGUACGGCCCGAAAGGAACCGGCAAAACCAAGCUCUUGGCCCAGAUCCAGGAAGCUGGCUGGAGAAAAUCUUUUAAUAUCAGCUCUUCUAUAUUCACCAGGAACAUCGCGGACGCUGAGGCUAAACUCCGAAAUGCAUUCAAGGACGCAAUUCGCUGCCAACCAAGUGUUGUGAUUAUCGAUCAGCUGGAGUUCGUUGCCCCUAAGCGAACGUCCAUAGAAUCGUCAUCUUUAGCGCUGGUGCUAUGUGAAUGUAUAGAAGCUAUAAAAGGUGCCUAUGUUAUGAUUGUGGCUGCGACUCGUCACCCAAAUGACGUUGAUGACGCCUUGAGAACGCCCCAUCGAUUAUCACUAGAGCUUGAGUUACAAGUCCCCUCAGCGCGGAACCGUGUCGAAAUUUUGCGCGCGUUAUGUGGAUACCCUUCCUUGGACCUGAGCGAUAGACUUAUAGAAAUGAUGGCAGAAAAAACCCACGGUUAUGUUGGAGCUGAUUUAUUCGCCUUGCUUCAACUGGUAUGCCGUAAGGCACGGCUAAGAAAGACCUCCGAGAAUGGCGUGAGAGGAAAUCACUCCCACUCCAUGAGAGCUUCUGAUAACGACUCGCCACAAAGUGGUCCCAAUCCAAGCAAGACCUACUCGUUAGGUAUACAGGACGUCGAUAUCUUAUCGGCUCUGCAAGAAACACGUCCUACGGCCAUGCGAGAAGUAUUCUUAGAGACACCAAAGGUGAGAUGGACCGAUAUCGGUGGACAGCAUGAAAUCAAAAAACGCCUCCAAAAGGCUGUGGAAAGGCCUCUGAAACACCCGGAACGAAUGAGGAGGCUUAAUGUAAAUAGCAAGAAAGGAGUGCUGCUUUACGGUCCCCCGGGUUGCUCAAAGACCUUGACAGUCAAGGCACUUGCUACAGAGGCCGGGCUAAACUUUUUGGCCGUUAAGGGUGCUGAGAUUUUGAGCAUGUUUGUCGGCGAGUCGGAGCGAACGUUAAGAGACAUAUUCCAAAAAGCGCGAUCGGCGAGACCUAGCAUCAUCUUCUUCGACGAGAUUGAUGCAAUUGCUGCGAAACGAAGCAAAACAACCCAAGGAGGGGUUAAUGUAUUGACGACUUUGCUCAAUGAAAUGGAUGGUAUCGAAGAGUUGCGAAGUGUCCUGGUCGUCGCCGCUACCAACAAGCCUGAUGUGAUUGAUCCAGCUCUGAUGCGUCCAGGCCGACUGGAUAAUCUACUUUACAUAGGGCCUCCGGAUUUGGAAGCAAGGAAGGAGAUUCUGAAUAUAUGGUGUCGCAAAUCAAUGGUCCACCCCGAAGUGGGACUGGAUACCCUCGCUGAGAAAACCGAGGGUUACUCGGGGGCUGAGAUCAUGAGCAUCUGUGAGACAGCGGGAGAUGCUGCAUUGGAUGAGGAAGAGGAAACCGGUCAAGAGCAGGACGUUCGGUGGAAACACUUUGAGAUCGCCCUGAAGCAGGUCAAGAGGCAGAUUACCGAUGCUGUCCUUGAGGAGUACGAGCAAUGGGGGCAAUGUGCCGAAGUCUAG